AGAAUUUCCUGUUGCGCUGUCUACAACCAGUCCUCCUUGAGGGAGGAGUGACAAACUUGAUUGGAGGCAAGACCAUUACACUACCAAAGGCGGUCUUUUCUAAUAUUAGUUCUAUCCUAAUCAAUGUGGGAUUUUUGGUUGUCUGACAUCUAAUUUGAUUGGAUAGCAGUGAGGAUUAUUUUUCUCCAGUACAUUGGCUAUACAAUAAGGCAUGAAGGGGUCUGGUAUAUGGCCAAUAUACCAUGGCUAAGGGCUGUAUCCAGGUACUCUGCGUUGUCUGAUUAUACCAUGGCUGUCAGGGUAUAAUACCCACGCAGUUUAUAAAACAUAUCAACACCUUUUUGUUUAGCUACAUACCUUGCCAAAUGUAAACCAGUCCAUACGAUUGUAUUCUAGUUUUUGUCCUGUCCAAAUUGUAUUCCUAUGUGCCCGAUCAUUAGGUCCUUAUGAUUAUGGAAAGCUGCAAAAUGGGUAACUUUUUGCUAGAAUGUAGUUCUAUUGGAGUUAAUCAAUUUACAAUAGCUCGCCCCUAGGAGGCUCGUAGACGUGUAAGCAUUACGUCGACGCCAACCAUUUGUCUACAUCCGCCAUUUUAGACACCAAAAGAAGCACUGUCAAAAGUCUAUGCGUUGACAUAACCAUAUAAAUUGCAUCAAAGCGAGAUGGAAAAUCAACUCUGCAAGCUCUUUAUUGGCGGACUAAAUGUUCACACCACUGACGGUGGUCUUCGUAAACACUUUGAACAGUAUGGCCAGCUGACCGACUGCGUAGUUGUUCAGAACCAGCAACUACAGCGGUCUCGCUGUUUUGGUUUUGUAACCUAUGCUACUGCUGAUGAGGCAGACGCUGCAAUGUCCGCCCGGCCUCAUGCCCUGGACGGAAACAAUGUUGAACUGAAAAGAGCAGUGGCACGUGAAGAUGCGGGAAAACCUGAGGCUCUGGCUAAGGUUAAGAAAAUAUUUAUCGGGGGUCUGAAAGAAGACAUAGAGGAUGGACAUCUGAACGAGUACUUCUCUCAGUUCGGUACUAUCGAGAAGGCCGAGGUUAUUAGCGAUAAUCAAACUGGUAAGAAGAGGGGGUUUGGUUUUGUUUAUUUCGAAGAUUAUGAUUCUGCCGACAAAGCGGUGGUACUGAAGUUCCACCAUAUAAAUGGCCAUAAAGUAGAGGUGAAAAAAGCCCUCACCAAGCAAGAAAUGCAGGCUGCUGGCACCCGUGGCGGGAGGGGAGGAAGGUUUCAAAAUGGAUACGGUGGUGGCUAUGGAGGAGGUUAUGGAGGCAGUGACGGUGGAUACGGCGUGGGGUACAGUGGAGGCUAUGGUGACCAAAUGGGUGGCUACGGUGGGAACGGCUACAGUGAUUUUGGAGGUGGCUAUAGCGACCAGUCAUCUAAUUAUGGCCCCAUGAAAGGUAAUUACUCGGGCAGAAGUAGCGCACCUUACACCCGAGGUGGUGGUGGUUACGGCAGGGGGGGGUACGAUGGCGCUUACUAGAGCCCCAGCUAAUCUUACUCAAAGCAGCCUCGUUCCCUUAGCAAAAAUUAUUACACCCUCAUAACAUAGUUCCCACCAAGCGUUCUAUAAUGGUACGAGAGUGACUGAACACAGCCCGAGUGGUUCAGACAGGAAAGUUACUACAGUAUUCUCUAUUCAAGGCUGACCCAAAUAGGCAACGUUAGGGCCAUCUAGCAACUAACUACAGAUUAUUUGUGGGGCAGAUGUCUCCACCUUCAUAGCAACUGCAGAUGUCUCCACCUUCAUAGCAACAACAUUUCUCUAGGAGACAGCUAUCUUCACCUCCAUAGCAACUACAGAUCUCUCUCUAGAAGGCAGAUGUCUUCACCCCAUAGCAACUACUGAGCUCUAGGAGGCAGAUGUCAUCACUCCAAAGUUCUCAAAUAACUUAGCUCUAAAUGGCCAUUGUCCAUCCACCACAAGUAAUAGGACUACUCCUUUGGAUUAUUUUAUUUUGAGCAGUGGACCACUGUUUAUAUUUUGCCAAGAUGCUGUAAAAAUUAAGUUAAUACGUCUCUGCUUGUUAUCGUAAAUCUGUUAUAUUUACUUUAAUGUGUUGUAACUAAAUUACAUUUUGUUUUAAAAUAUUUGUAUUUAAGUUGGAGUGUUUAUUAAUUUGGGACCCCUUGUUUGACUUAGCCAUGUAGUCAAUUGCAGUGAACUUGAUGACGUCCUUUUCUGCAUCUAAGUAGUUUAAAGGUAACUUAAGUUAUUUUGCCCAUACAUUUCUUACUUGCCCCUGCACUAUACCAAAGUAUAUGACAUAUCUGCCGAAUACCAUUUGGUUUCAAAGGGGAAUCUCCACACAGUAUUUAUUUUGGACUAUAAGGACUAGGUCACACUUUAAGUAUUCAAGGUUCACUGCUGUUACUGAAAUAUAGGCUAUUUGUUGUAGUGUUUGAUUUGUGAUUCCCAUUUAGUUUGAAUAUUAAAUCAUUGUAACAUUACUAUGAUCAUUAUGUUAUAGUUGUUAACCAUUACAUAUUCUCACUUCUCAACUACUUCAAAUUCUGUAAACAGAUGUUACCUAAGCUUUCCAGUUUUUCUAUUUUACUGUAGAACCACAAAUAUUUCAGUAACAAGGAUAUAUCUUUAUGCUUCUGUGUUGUGUAUUUUUGGUGAACAGAGUUAAACUUAUUAUUGUUUUUCAGUAAACUGUGUGUAAUAUAUCCAUCUAAUAAACCCUUCUAUAUAGAAAUGAA